AUGGCGAGAAGGACAAGUUUUUUCAAGAUUUUAAUCUUCGACUUCCUUACACGGCUGAGGAUCCCACCAGCUUUUUUAAAGAACCUGGAGGAGAAUCUCCUUGAGAAAUUGCCUCAAGAGUCGGAACUUGAAACAUGUGAUGGGAGAGCUUGGCAUGUUGAUGUUGAAAAGAUUGAUGAUAAUUUAUGUUUCAACAAUGGUUGGAAGCAAUUCGUGCAACAAAACUCUCUAGAGAAGGGAGACCUCAUAGUUUUCAGCUACCAUGGCAAUUUCAGAUUCAAACUCGAAAUUUAUGGGAGAAAUUGCUGCAGAAAAAGGGUAGAAACGUUGAGAAAGAAUGAGAGGAAAACAACAGCAGCCAAACCAGUCCCUGCAUAUCGACCGAGACCGAUCCGAAAUGUUCGGAGAAAGAAUCUUGGAAACUUGAGUCAUGUGCAGAGAAGAGGUGAAGGGAGAUCCAAAGUGUUUAAUGAGUGUUCAGGUGGGAAAAAUGUUGAGUAUAUAGAAAUAUCUGAUAGUGAUGAUGAGGAAAGCUUGUUUGGUCAAAGGGAAAAUAUGAAGGAAAGCAGUGGACUUGAAAUUGCCCAAAAUUACAGCUCCAAAUAUCCAUCCUUCAAAGUUACCAUGCCACAUUCUUACGUGAACAGAUAUUCUGUGAAUGUGCCGAGAAAAUUCAUGAGGGACAAUGACUUGAAACGAACAGCGAUGACAAUAAAACUCGAGGUUUCAGAUAAAACAUGGCUUGUGAAUAUGUCCAAUCAUCGACGAUUUGCUAGAUUUUGCUUCGGCUGGGCCGAUUUUGCCAAGGAUAAUCGGCUGCAAGAACAGGACGUUUGCCUGUUUGAAUUGAUCGAUCGUAAUGAUGCACGUUUUCGAGUUACUAUCCUCCCGAACAUCGCCUGA